AUGACAACUUGGGAUGUUGGAGGUCGCGACAAAGGUCGACCUCUGUGGCGGCACUAUUAUCAAAAUACUAGUGCUAUUGUUUUUGUAGUCGACUCAAAUGAUCGAGAGCGAAUAAAUGAGGUCCGUGAAGAACUGCAUUCAAUGGUCCAUGAAGAUGAACUUCGAAGCAAACCAGUUCUCAUAAUGGCUAAUAAACAAGAUUUGCCUAAUGCAAUGUUAACUAGUGAAUUACACGAUAAACUGGCGUUGGAUAAAUUAAGUAGACACACUAGAUGGUACAUACAAGCAACAGUAGCUACACAAAAUCAAGGUCUUCGGGAAGGUUUUGAAUGGUUGGCAGACGAAUUGAUGACAAAAGACGUUAAGAUUUUGCAACCACUGAUAGAAACAGUAAAAUAUUCUAGAGUGAUAAAAGAUGGUAUUUUAUCCAUGCUUCCUUCGAUGAAACUAAAAUCAGUUUUUUGCUAA